CCAAAAAUAUCUAUGGAAUCGAGGGACAUCCUAUACAUAACAUCUAUCCUGAACCGUUCGCUUUGGCUAAAAUCAUGGUAUAAAGAAAGAGGGCAUGGAAAGAGAACUUUGUCACUUUUCACAUUCUGUCAAGCCUCCUUAUCGGGGCUCUUUAUUUUUUAUUAUUAUUUUUCUUUUUGUAGAAGAGAAAGAAAGGAAUAAGAGAUUGGACUCAAGAAGAAGAAUGGCAAUGGCCUUAACUACAAAUUUAUUGGCAAAUGCCAUUCUUCUCUUAUUCUUAGCUACCGCCUCUUGUGAGGCUAAGGGUAUGCGUCUGCGCCGUGCCAUUAGACCAGGUCCUCGUCUUGGUCAUAAAAGAAAUCCUAAUGAAAAAGUCUUUAACGUAUUACAGUUUGGUGCAAAACAUGAUCCUAGAAAGGAUAAUGCAUUGGCUUUUAUUCAGGCAUGGAAGGCUACAUGCAACUGGGAGGGAAAUGCAAGGUUAGUUGUCCCAGGGGGAGAGUUCUUAGCAUCAUCAAUGGUAUUUCAAGGACCAUGCAAAAAUCCAGCACCUAUUGUCCAAAUAAUAGGAACUAUAAAAGCAGCAUCAGAUUUGAGCAAUUAUGCAGAAGAUUUUUGGAUCUCAUUUGAAAAAGUAAAUGGCUUGAUAGUUACUGGAACUGGCACUGUCGAUGGCCAAGGCCAAAAUGUUUGGAAAUAUAAUGAUGGUGGUGGCAGUAUUUUUCCAGCAAAUAUUAAACUCCUUCAUGUGUCAAAUGGAAUCAUAAGACAGAUCAACUCUGUUAAUCCCAUGGGUUUCCAUAUUGGCAUCGUUCUGAGCCAGAAUAUUAGAGCCAGAAGGCUCCAUUUAAAUGCUCCUGAAAGUAGCCCCAAUACUGAUGGUUUCCACAUCAGCCAGUCCAAUCAAGUUAAAAUAGCUAAGAGUGUUAUUGCUACAGGUGAUGAUUGCGUCGGUAUGAUUCAUGGAAGUACCGAUAUCAGCAUCAAGAAGGUAACCUGUGGCCCUGGACAUGGCAUCAGUAUUGGUAGUCUUGGAAAGUACCCAGAUGAGAAGGAUGUGAGAGGUAUCCUUGUGACAAAUUGCACGUUGAAGAACACUGAUAAUGGAAUAAGAAUCAAAACCUGGGGAGGAUCACCUCCAAGCGUAGCUACAUCCUUGACUUUCCAGGACAUCAUUAUGGACAAUGUUAGACACCCCAUCAUCAUUGAUCAAUCCUAUGGAUCUAAAUCUGCGCCAUCAAGGGUAAAGAUCAGUGAUGUUAAAUAUAUGAACAUUAGGGGAACCACAAAUUCAGAAGUUGGGGUGGAUAUUCAGUGCAGCAAGCAGGUUCCUUGUGAAGGAGUUCGCUUGUCAAACAUCAAUCUGAAAUACAUCGGUGGUAAAAAACUACCUUUCUCCUCUUCAUGUCUGAAUGCAAGAGUUAGCUAUGCUGGAAUGCAAUUCCCACCACCUUGCCGAUGAAGUGCUUAAAAAGUUGCUAUUGGAACCUUCCCUGCUUAAACAUUAUAUGUAUCACUACAAGGCGACGGAGCUUUAUGGAUCUAAUGGAAAUGGAAAUAUAAACGUUGAAAUAGCAUCAAUACUAUGACCUUGUUAUCUAAAUAUGAUGAGCACAGCUUUGGGUUGAUAAAUUGGUCGAAAAUCCUUAUAUUUUCACAUCACUAAGUAGGUUGAGUUGCACAAGCCAAGAGGCUUGCAAGUUCGGAACUCUUUGUGUACACCAAUUCUUAAAUGCUUAAUUUCUUAGUGUUAGAGAAAC